UAUUUUUAUAUACCCGAAAUUAAAAUGAACUAUUUUUAGGCUACGAUUUUGUUUUGUAUAUAACUAAAUUACAAAUUCAAUAAAGAGGGUUCCUCUUCCGCUAAUAGGCAAGAGAACCAGGUAGCCCUUCGGUCUCCGCGCAGUUUAUCGGCUCAGGGCAGGUUCUAAAACCUACGAUGGCAUCUAGGGGUAGCAAUUCCGCCCUCAGCUUCUUACUAUUCGUGACUUUCGCGGUGAUCGUCCCGGGCUUCAGUGCUCACAUAGCAGAGUUCGAUGAGUACUGGCAGAAGCGGGCCGAGCAGGCCGAGAAUGCCACUCUCGAAGCAUACCACCCUAACCCCUCGGAGGUCACUAACCACCUGAACCAACAUGUUCACCUGGCUUUAAGUGGCAGCAACAGCUCAAGGAGGGAAUUGAAGAAGUACAACGGACCAUGCAUGGCCACCAAUCCUAUUGACAGAUGCUGGAGGUGCGACCCAAACUGGGAGCGAAACCGGAAAAGACUGGCGGAUUGCGCGCUUGGUUUUGGCCGGAGAACCCGGGGCGGAAAAUUCGGGAGAUUCUACGUCAUAACUGAUCCCUCAGACAAUGACAUGGCCAACCCUAAACCAGGGACGCUGCGGCAUGCAGUCACCCGGAACGGGCCGCUCUGGAUCAUUUUCGCCCGUAGCAUGACCAUAAGGCUCAGCGAGGAGCUCAUCAUGACAAGCGACAAGACUAUCGAUGGAAGGGGAGCUAAUGUCCUAAUCACGGGCGGCGCAGGACUAAUGUUACAGUUCAUAAGGAACGUUAUCAUCCAUGGCAUUCGCAUCAACAACAUUUAUCAAGGAAAAGGCGGGAUGAUCAUGGAUGCCGAGGAUCAUGUUGGUCUGAGGACGAAGAGUGAUGGUGACGGCAUCUCCAUUUUCGGGUCCAGCAACAUCUGGAUCGACCACGUGUCCAUGUCCAGGGCCUAUGACGGGCUCAUUGAUGCGGUCGAGGGAUCGACCGCCAUUACCAUCUCCAACUGCCAUUUCACCAACCACAAUGAGGUCAUGCUGUUCGGAGCCAGCGACAAGUUUAUUGGCGAUAACAAGAUGCAGAUCACCCUCGCGUUCAACCACUUCGGGCAGGGACUCAUGCAGAGGAUGCCGAGGUGCCGUUUGGGAUUCGUUCACGUGGUCAACAACGACUACACGCACUGGCAAAUGUAUGCCAUCGGCGGCAGCGGGCACCCCACCAUCAUUAGCCAAGGCAACCGGUUCAUCGCUCCUCCCGUCUUAGACCCGAAAAAGAAUGCUACAGAGGUUACAAAGAGGGAAUAUGCACCGGAGUCAGAAUGGAAGAACUGGCUGUGGAAGUCGGAGAAUGAUCUCAUGAUGAAUGGGGCCUUCUUUGUGAGCUCGGGGAAUCCGAGGGCCGUGCUCCCCUUCCACACUGCUGAUGUGAUCUCUGCUAAGCCCGGCACUUAUGUCACCCGCCUCACCCGCUUCGCCGGAGCCCUCGGCUGCAAGGUUGGCCAGCCCUGCUAAGCGCUGGCCGGUGCAUAUUUUCUUCCCGACAGACGGAUGGAUGGAGAGAGAUCGACAUCAAACUUUACAGACAUUUCAGCUGUUACAUAUACAUGCAGUAUACAUAUACGUACUUUCUUUUCUUUCACUCUCUUCGACUCAUCGACCUGAAUCUGUACAUCAUCUCAGACGGCAGACCGUAAGGGAGAAAAAUUAUCGAUCGUAAA